AUGGCCGCCUCUCCAGCCAGGCCAAUUGGCCUUUUAUUGCGCAAAUUGUGCGUUCCCCGCCGGGCACUCAGCACGUCCAGUCGGUUCCUCGAAGCCGCCGUGCCCGCCACCAAGCCCGAUACCGAAACCGCCGUCGAGGACGCCCAACUCAAGCAAGUCAGCCAGGCACCCAAUCGAGCCGACGUCUGGUCCCGAAGUCAGAAACCGCGGUCAACGGCCAUGACGGGUCCGCGCUUCGAGCAAACAGACUUUGACCUGCAGCCUCAACCUCUGUCGGCGAUGGAAAUGAUACACAAGCAGCCUGUGCGGUGGACGCACGAGCGUGUCGUGGCGUGCGAGGGCGGCGGCGGCCCUGCUGGGCAUCCCCGGAUCUUCAUCAACACGGACAAGCCCGAGAUUUCCGUGUGCAACUACUGCGGCCUGCCCUUUGCCCACGAGCACCACAGGAAGCAUCUCGAAUCCCUUGCGGAGACAUCGUACCCGCUGUCAUGA